AUGUCGCCGAGAAAAAUAUUUUUGUUUAACUGUCGGUUCCGACAAGUACUCGAUCUUACCAAGUACGAUCUUUCUUCUCUGAAGAAAGUCUUAUUCAAUGGUUCGACCGUCAAUCGCGAAAUUCACGCAAAUCUCAUCGAGUUGCUGCCAGAUACUUCUAUCAUUCAAGUAUAUAGUUUAACUGAAACAGGAGUAAUAGCUUACCAACGAGAAACCGGAAAGAUUGGAUCCAGCGGUUACGUGGGUAGAAAUGUUCGAUUGAUGAUCACAUCUUUAUAUCCUUCCGCCAAAAUAAUUCCAUUAGGUCCAAACAAAAAUGGACGAGAACUUGGUUUAAGACUGGAGAUAUUAGGCUACUACGAUACGAAUGGUAAUAUUUUCAUCGGACAGGUCAAUCAAAUUUUCAAAUGUAAAAAUAAAAUCAUCUCACCGGCGGAAAUUGAAGCCGUGUUACAAAAUCAUCCGAUGGUUCUCGAAGCCGUUGUAGUGCCAGUGCCGCAUAAUCUUGAAGAUGAAUAUCCAAAAGCAUUUGUUACAAAGGUGCCGAGAAAAGAGGUAUCGGAAGAAGAACUGCAACAAUGGGUAAUAGAAAAAUUGAGGCCGGAUAAAAAGCUUUGUGGUAGCAUAAUAUUCCUUAGCCGAAUGCCACGUAUCUCAAAUGGAAACAUUCAACGGAAGAUAUUUAAUUAUUGA